CAUCAGGCCAUCUUGUAUGUUGUGGCUCUCUACUCUAUUUCGGAAAAAAUUUCAUAAAUGCUGUUUGAAGACUACAGAUGUCCGCCCUCCGCAUUCUGCGACUAAAGCACCUGUAUGGAUAGCCUUAGCUUCGAUUCGGAAGCCACGCACAGCGACAUAAUGCCUGCAGAAUCGCCGCGCUCCUCCAUCUCUGGCUCUCCAACGAAAAAGCGGAAGACAGACGGGGGCCCAUCCCGCGUGAGAAGUGGAGAAGCCGUUGGCCAGAAGGAUGAGCAAGGACGUAGCACGGAAAACGCGCGGCGCGCCGACGACCAUACGCGAGAAGCGGUGGAGCGGUGCGCAACAGGUCAACAAAAUCUACAGGAACCAAGAGGAGGGCACAUAGAGUAUGCUGAUGUCAGCGAAGAAGAUGGGAAGGAGGAGGAAGAAGAAGAAGGCGACGACGAUGAUGAUGAAGCGGAGGCAGAUGAGGGUAGUGAGAUGCACGAGAUGGAGGAAAGCAUCAUGGAGGAGGAUUCAAGUGAAGAUAAAAUGACUGCCGCAGGAAAACGAGUCGAGAUGCUGAACAAGAUCGCUAGCGAUGAUGCCGCCAAGCCGUUGCCGGAAGAGACAUCACAUCGAAGAACAUUCAACGAGCAGAUGAGGAACAAGAUCGAAAAUGCUGUCGCCAAGGCCCGCGUAGGGACAUUUAGUUUUGGUUAG